AGGGUCUGGAGUACUUCAUCUACCUAUACGAUUCGUAUUUGUUUGUAUUGUACGUGACAACUGCUCCUUUCAUAAAGUACACAUAUAGAUCUGUAUGCAAGGUAUUUGUCAACACACGACUUUGAGUCAACAACUUACGUCGGUCUUGGAGCGCCUUUAAAAAAGAUAGCGCUUUUCCUUAUCACAUCUCUAUCUCGAAGUCUAAAUGCGCUUCUCAACUUUUGCGUUAGCCGUUGAGACGGUGGUAGUCGCCGGCAUCAUCGCCUGUGUGCCGUACACCGAGAUCGACUGGAAGGCGUACAUGGAGGAGGUGUCCGGCUUUCUCGGUGGCCAGCUCAACUACCGCAAGCUGGGGGGCGGCACCGGGCCUCUUGUGUACCCUGGCGGCUUUGUGUGGAUCUACAGCGUUCUCUACUACUUCACGAAGCUUGGCGAGGACAUCCAAGUCGCCCAGUGGAUUUUUGCAGGCGUGUACCUUGGCACACUGGCGUUGCUGCUGCGCUUUUACACCAAUGCCGGUCUUAGCUGGAAGGUCAUGCUGCCGCUCUUCAUCUCCAAGCGCAUUCGCAGCUUGUACGUGCUCCGCCUCUUUAAUGACUGCUGGGCGAUGCUGUUUCUGGUCAUCGCCGUCACCCUUAUUGCCGGUUCCCCCGCGCGCGACGGUCGCCGCGUGCGCAACUGGGUGCUGGGGUGCUUCUUCUACAGCUUCGCGGUGUCCAUCAAGAUGAAUGUGCUGCUCUUCGCUCCGGGUAUGCUCUACGUCAUGCUGCGCACCCUCCCGCUCCUCCAGGUGAUGGGUUGUCUGUGUGUUUGCGCGGCGUUGCAGGUGGUGGAGGGGUUUCCGUUUCUGCUGCACGAUUAUGAAGCGUACGUCAGCAAAGGCUUUGAGCUGGACCGCAUCUUCACGCAGCGCUGGUCCGUCAACUACCAAUUCCUCGACAACGCGACCUUCGUGAACCCGCGGUUUGGAACGGCACUGCUGGCCGCGACGGUGGCGACGUGGGUGCUCGUGUGGCGCACGCGAUGGGCCAAGCGCACCUACCUGACGUCUGCCGAAGCGACGGCUCUGCGACCUGUUCUCCGCGACGUGCCGCACCCCGCACCAGGCGCCACCGUCGACGGUGACGGUGACGAGACAGCGGAGGAGGCGGAGGAGCGCGCGGCUUACGUGGCAACGGUGCUCACCUUCUUUGAGUCGAACCUCAUCGGCGUUGUCUUUGCCCGCACCUUGCACUACCAGUUCUACACGUGGUUCUUCUUUACGAUCCCGUUUGUGCUGUCCUACACCGCCUUCCCGCGUGCGUUCUGCCUCGUGACGUUCGCGCUGAUUCGGCAGGGCUUCGAGCAGUACCCCCCUACGCCGCUGACGUCGAUGCUGCUGCAAGGGGGGUUUGCGCUGGCCCUUGUCGCGGUGCUUUUUCUCGGGCGUGACUCGGCGUCUUCACCGUCAACGAAGAUACAGAAGCAGCCACAAGCGGGAGGCAUUGCUCUCGCAAAAACCAACGGUAUCGCACCGUCCCCAACCUUAGAGGUGUCCAAGGAGGAGAAGAAGAAGAUGAAGACGCCGUCUCCCAGGGCAGCGGCCUCCAUAGCACAGCCGAAGACGAAAAGGGCACAAAAAGACUCGCCGAAGCCGACGGCCAAACCUAAAGGUAAGGAGAAGGUAAAAUAA